AUGGCCUCCAUCCCGGUGCCGGAGCUCGGCCCGAACGCGGAGCUCCGCAUCCUUCUCUUCCCCUUUGGCGGGCGCAACCCGGAGCUUUAUCAACGGAUGGGGUGGGAUCGCAUGCUCGGCUCCUUUCAAGAGGCGUUGACGUUGGUGAUGGUGCUGAACGGCGUUGAGGGCGGUCUCCAUCACUACCUCGCGUUAAACUCCGAUGCGAAUAACGAGGAGGAGGACGUGAUCCGUAGCCUCGGGUUGCUCCCGCUCGGUACGGAGGUGACGCGGCAUCCGGAGGCGAACGGGACGCCCACAGAAACAUCGGAAGAUGGGAAUAGGGCCAGAUCCAUGCCCACUGUAAAUAUCCUGGAAGAAAAAAUCAUCGAUGCCUUUGCGAAUGGGAUGAGCAAAUGUCGCAAGAUCAUCCGGACCAAGCCGUUGUCGUUUCUCACCUCGGGAGCCGAGGCGAUUGACUUUAGCUUGCUUCGUCAGGACUCUGGUAAGUCGAUUCAGCUGGCGAAGUUCAUGCACACCCCUUCGAAACGUCUAACGAAGAAAAUGCAGGCGGAUUUCAUUAAGCUGGCCGAAUGGGCUGGUCAGAUCAUAACUCAAUCGAGUUACAUGAAGGCGUACGUUCGCGAGCAUGCUUAUUGGCUUGGCUUCGGCAGCGGAACGAGUGAGCCCUUCUUGAAUAGCCCGGACGUUGACGAAUCUGGGAAAGUCACGCCAAAUUUUCGCGUCAAAGGCUUCCAAAACAUUGUUGUGGGGGAUUGCUCAAGUGUAUCGAACGAAGUUUUCUCAAGCCGUUCGUGCAACUCAAACGCGUUGUCAGCAGGGAGUGUUUCGACCGCCAUCGAUGCUGGUAGAUUAGCAGCGCAAUCCAUAGCCGCAAUCUAA